GACACAUUUACCGACAGACACCCAAGAUCCUUUUAUCUUCCCAUUAAUGAACAGUACGUGGUAAUCGUAUGUUUUUCAUCUUCUUCAUCGGCCACCACCUUCCCACCGGAGGAAGAGAGGACAAAUCCAACCACUCUAGGACCCACCCCUCUAAAUUUCAAAUUUGUACUCCUUCAAAUAAUAAAUCUUUUCACACUACCACUUUUCCUUAUCAACACACACAUAGUUACACAGGAAAAUCCAUGGCGCUGCCGGCGAGUUCUGUUCAGCCACUCAUGUUCUUCAUUCUUUGCAGUUUUUUACUGCAAUUUUGUAGUUUUUCCAGUUCACAAUCGUUUAUUGGUGUAAACUACGGGCUUCUCGCCGACAACCUUCCGGCGCCGGAAGCUACAGCGAAGCUUCUCCAGUCGACGUCGAUAGGUAAAGUGAGGAUGUACGGUGCUGAUCCUGCGAUCAUCCGUGCUUUAGCUAAUACCGGAAUCGGAAUCGUGAUCGGAGCUGCGAACGGAGAUAUUCCUGCAUUGGCUUCGGAUCCGAAUUUCGCGACUCAGUGGGUCAACUCGAACGUUUUGGCAUAUCCAAAUAGCAAGAUCAUUGUCAUCACGGUUGGGAAUGAAGUGAUGACCGCUGUUGACCAAAGCCUUGUGCCCCUUUGUCUGCCCGCCAUGCAAAAUGUCCAAAACGCCCUUAAUGCAGCAUCAUUGGGUGGGAAAAUCAAGGUAUCAACGGUGCACUCCAUGGCGGUGUUAGGCGCCUCAGAUCCACCUUCGUCGGCGGUUUUCAAUUCAGGGUUCAGCGACACCAUGAGAUCACUGUUGAAGUUUCACAGUGCAAAUGGGUCGCCUUUCAUGAUCAACCCUUAUCCAUUCUUCGCUUACCAGAGUGAUCCGCGCCCCGAAACCCUAGCUUUUUCUCUCUUUCAACCCAAUUCCGGCCGAGUCGACUCAGGCAACGGUAUUAAGUACAUGAACAUGUUCGAUGCCCAGGUGGAUGCUGUGAGGUCUGCAUUAAAUGCAAUGGGGUUCAAGGACAUUGAGAUUGUGGUUGCAGAAACAGGGUGGGCUUACAAAGGUGACCCGAAUGAGAUUGGGCCCAGUGUGGAUAACGCAAAAGCCUAUAAUGGUAAUUUGAUCAACCACUUAAGAUCAAAGAUUGGAACACCAUUGAUGCCCGGAAAAUCCAUUGAUACAUAUAUCUUUGCACUUUAUGAUGAGGAUUUGAAGCCUGGGCCGGGUUCCGAAAGAGGAUUCGGGCUUUAUAAGCCCGAUCUCUCCAUGGCUUAUGAUGUUGGUCUUUCCAAAAGUAGUCAGACUCCGGCGAGUCCCACAACUCCGGCAACACCAUCGCCGGUUCAGGCGGCAGGGUGGUGCGUGCCCAAAUCAGAUGCAUCGGAUGCAGAAUUGCAGUCAAAUCUUGACUAUGUAUGUGGUCAAGGGUUUGAUUGUGGUCCAAUUCAACCUGGUGGUGUAUGUUUUGAGCCCAACACAAUAGCAUCCCAUGCGGCUUAUGCAAUGAACCUCCUUUAUCAAACGUCUGGUAGGAACCCAUGGAAUUGUGAUUUUGUUCAAACUGCUACACUUACAUCCAACAACCCUAGUUACAACAGUUGUAUUUAUCCUGGUGGAAUAUGAAGUUUUGUGUAGUUUCUGAGAAAUCCAUGAUAUUUAAGGUAUAUUACAAAGUUGAUGAGCUUAAAUGCCAUCAAAUAAAAUGCUUGCUGCUGGGUCCCUGAAGAAAGGAUAAGUAAAAAAUUAAGUUAAUAGCCAUCAGCAAU